CUUGCUUAGCAUUUAGAGUCUCCACUCUCCAGAGAGCCUUGAAAAUUGAGGUGGGUGAAAGGCAGAUAGCCGUGCACAAGACUGCCACAAUGAAGAUGGAAAUGGGAGCUAAUGAUGAUGAGAAGAUGAGAAUCUACGAGAGAGCACGAAUGGCUGUUGAGGCUGUUGAGGCUUGUGACAUGGAACUUCUGGACAAGACUAGGAAAUAUGAAGAACUAAUGCUGGAGAAGCACAAAAAGAUUAUGCAAAUUCAACAGCUGGAGAAGAUUAUGAGGCUCAAACUUGCAGAAGCUGAUAUGUUCCAGCUCAAGGCCAAUGAGGCGAAACAAGAGGUGCUGAGGCUCCAGAGGAUUGCUAUUGUGUCGGAAGAAGAAUAUGGUAACAGUUACCUGAGACAUCGAUUGAGAGAGGCCGAGGCAGAGAAGCAAUAUCUAAUCGAAAAGAUUAGACUCAAAGGUCAUUCAAAGGCAUUCAACAACUGUGAUGGUCAUUCUUAA